CCAGUCGAGUCCCAAGCCACAAGUGGUUCGGGAUGAAUCAUGAUGAAGGACUAGGAUUGGUGCUUGACAUAAGAAAUUUGUUGUCAGUGAGAGUUACAACUAAUACUUACAUUGUGGAACAAGCGCUUCCCCCGACUUCGUUCGCGGUCAGAAUGGACAAACUUUUCAGGGGCGGACUGCAUGUUGUAUGCCACGGAGGCAAAAACUUUUCAGCACACGACUGAACUGAAGUAACACGUGUCGUUAGUUCAAGCAACGGUUACAAGCUCAAGGCCAGCGAGCGCUAGCUCAAGGCUAGAGAAAAAAAGCUCCUCUUAGUGCGUCAUGUUUACCUGCAGCAGGACCACCAAGCUAGCGCACCUUUUGCUUUUAGUUUCUGCCUGCUGUGUUGGACCAGGGAGAGGAGAAAGUCAACAAGUGGCUGUGACCAGAGGUGCUGCUGGUGACGGCAUUCCAGUCGAUCAAUCCACUAUUGAACAGACCAGUCAUGACAGCGCCCCGGCAAGCAGCCACGCUGAAGAUGAGUCAAACUUCGGCGAGGAUCCUUUGGGAACACCCACGUUUGAUGGAUCCGGGUCAGGCGGAGGUUCACGGCCCAAGCCAGGAUGCAGCAACCCGCCGGCUGUCCAGGGUGCUCACAUCCGAUUAGAAAUAGAAAGUGUUCCAGGUGGAGUACUACUGCGCGUUACCUACAACUGUACUGAUGCCAGGAUCAUAACAGGUGCAUCGGUCUUGACGUGCGGACCGCACAAUGACUAUACAUGGCGUACCGAGGACACUCCGACGUGUGAGGCUGCACACGUGGCUGAUGAUCCUCAUCUGGACCAAGACCCUGUAGAUCUAUCUGUGACCAGUGCUGCUCAGCCUCCUCUGCACACCACCAGCACAGCAGUCCCAAGUACCACAGCCCACAUCACUACCAUUCUACCAACCACCGAGGUCCACGUUCCCUGCAUGUCUUUGCCAAUGAUCGUUCCCAAUGCGGACAUCCUGUCCAUCACUGACAGUGGCAUUGUGUAUCGGUGCAGUGAAGGGUUUACCACUGAUAGUAGCACUGUGGAGCAUGUGUUGCCACCACUCACUAUGGAUUGCGAUCAUUCCAACGGGCGAUGGACUCGACCAAGUUGGAAAUGUACAUCAAUCGACUGUGGAACACCACCAAUGUUAGAUAACACAACCCGUCGAUAUCAGACAACAACUUAUGGAAGUGGUGCCCUGUACCUAUGUCAAGAUGGCUUUGCUCCUACCACAGCAGCUGCACAGGCUGAAUUUGCUAUGAGUACCUGCCAGGCCGAUGGGCAGUGGAGCCAGACAGAUUUUACCUGUCGAUAUGUUGACUGUGGACCGCCAUACAGUCCACUUCAUCCCGGUGUCAACGUGACCUACGAUCAUACGUAUUUUAAAAGCGUGGCUCGCAUGCACUGUAGCCACGGGUACAGUCCGUACAGCUUAUCCCGGGACACACUGCUCACGGCAGACUGGGAGUCCAUGGAGGAGAGAUCACAGUCAAUGACAUGCCAGAAGAACGGCUCCUGGACACAGCUGGAUGUUGACUGUGUGCCUGAUGCCUGUCAAACAAUACCACAAGUAUUGAAUGCGAGGCAAACAUCCGUUACUUCCCCAGUAUAUGGACUUGGUAGUGUCACCGUCCACAGUCUUGCCAAUUAUGUGUGUCUGGAGGGAUAUCAGCUUGCUGGAGGAUCUCAACAAGUAUGCUAUUGGAACAACACUUGGUCAGCAAACGACAUUCAAUGUAUUCCAGAAAUCAUACCUUGUCAUUCACCGCCGUACAUUCCGUCAGCCGAGUACGAGGUGUUUGAAGCACAGCCUGAAGAAGCAUUGCCGAUGAUGGUCUUCUACCGGUGUCAACAAGGUUAUCUACCGACUGGUGUUGCGAUGGCAAAUUGCACCAGCGGCUUGUGGAGCGAACUGACAUUGACUUGCAACCCGAUUAGUUGUGGUCCGCCACCAGAGUUUGUGAACGCCGACGUGUACUAUGUAAGCACUGAACAUCACAGUGAUGCCACGUACCACUGUAAGAGUGGCUAUGAUGGAGAGGCACAGGUGUGGCUGUGUAACCGGCAUGGACACUGGACUGGACAGGCACCAGUAUGUCAAGUAUCUGGGUGUGAGGCACCAUUGCCCGUUCUCAACAGCUACCUGCAGAUUGAGGUGGGAAACCAAACAUCAGACUACAUUCCCGUUCUGCAGCUAGAUCAUAGCCGCUACUACGCAGUUGGAACUGUAGUACGCUAUCAAUGUGCCAAUGGUCUGGUCCGGAUUGGCGGCAGCACUCGUACUUGUCAGCCAGCACAGGUGUGGAGCGGAAGAAGUCCUCGGUGCUUGAAACUUACAUGUCCCAGCAUAGGUCCACUGGAGAAUGGUGAAGUCAACGUAACAGGCUACACGGUUGGGUCCGCCGCCUCGUUUCACUGCCACACUGGCUACGCUCUGGCUGGAGCCCCGGUGCUGCGUUGCGGCCCAGGGAGAUGGUCGGGACCUGUACCGCAAUGCGUACACGCUGUACCUGAUGUGAUGGUGGAGUCUGUAAUGAGCCGUGGCCAGCGGCGAAAUCGUAACGCAACCGUGCAUGCCUAUGUCGGCACGGAGAGGGCGUAUCUGCGGUGCAUGGUGUUGAGUGGCAUGCCAGAGCCGCGUCUGAGAUGGAGCCGCAUCACUGGACAGCAGGAACUAGAUGGAAAGCUGAGAGAGCAGCGCACAAAGGAUGGCAGCCUGUCGUUGCGGAUCAUCUUCAAACCAGUUCAGUUGCACCAUGCUGGAGUAUGGAGGUGCACCGCGAGAAAUGAACAUGGUCAAUCACACACCGAUGUGGAAGUCUUCGUCUACGUAAGUUGUGCGCCGCCACCUAGUGUCACCUCUGGUCACUUUGUCUCGUUGAUGAAUGCUGUUGGUCAGCACACUGAGACAGAAGCAGCAAGAAGCAGCAGCAGUGUGAGAACGCAGUACUUCUUCAAUGAACAGAUCUCCUAUCAUUGUCACAGCGGGCAUGUGCUGGUCGGCACAGACAUCAGAACAUGUAUGGCGGACGGAACAUGGAGUGGAGCAACAUCGGCAUGUUUUAGAAGGAACUGUGGCAAGCCUGCAGUACCGCGUAGUGGUCACAUGCAGGGCAGUGCAUUCCGAUUCGGCGAUUCCGUACAGUACAGCUGCGACGACGGCCAUCGUUUGCUGGGAAGCAAGAGCCGAAGGUGUCUGGCGACAGGCAAAUGGAGUGGCAGUGCUCCAUCAUGCCGUAUUGUACACUGCGGUCCACCACCCGCAAUGGAGAACACAGAAACAGUGGGCAAUGCAUUUGUGUUUGGAUCAGUACUGAGAGUAGAGUGCAGUACGGGAUACGUUGACACUCAGCAGGAGGGCAACAGUGGCUCGCUAAAAUGCAACAAGGAUGGGCAAUGGCAUGGAAGAAUGCUCAAUUGCACCUUGGUACAGUGUACUGUACCGGCUUCACCUAGGAAUGGUCGUAUUGAGUACAGUGAUACAGCUAUUGGCACUGGCAUUGGCAGACGGCCAAUAUCGGCUGGACGUGUGUUGCCGAUGGACAGCUGCAUCCAGUAUCAGUGCAACCCCGGCUACAGCCUGGUGCGCGCUCAACCGGUCAGGUGCUGCUCCAGCACAGCACGCUGGACUGGAUCUGCACCCACAUGCCAAGCAUGGUGCGAUGCAGUGAGCUGCGGGCGAGGUGAAAAGUGCGUAGCGGAUCUACACCGACAACGCGCCUACUGCACAUGCCUGAGCGAGGAGAGUGACUGCCGUCUGAAACCUGACCGGCCCGUGUGCGGUAGUGAUGGAGUCACGUACGCCACCCAGUGUUCCAUGGAUGCCCAGGCAUGUCGCCAUGCCAACACGACUGUGUAUGUCGAACGAACAGGACCAUGUAGUUCAUUGUACGAGAGCCAGCGCCACUGCCAGUGCUCACUGCUUGUGCGUGAGCCAAUGCUACUCGACUGCUUUAGCAGCUCUUGGACCAUGUUCGUGCGGAUUGUCGCUGCGCACGGGAAGUUCUAUCGUGUCUACGUGUACAAAGUGUAUCGGAUGGGAAGGAUAGUUUUGGAGGACAAACGGAUCUACAAACUGCACCGUGUGACUACAAACAAUGGGUGCAGCUGUCCGUCAUUACAGGUCGGCCAUACCUACUUGCUGAGCGGACUAGAAGGGCACAACGCCGACGGCUGGGACUCCUUUCAUCUCAUCGUCACGUCGUACAGCUAUGCCAGGCAGCAGGUCUACCCGAGAGACCUGGGCUCCAUACAAUGGCCAUGCACAUGAUAUAUUUAUUAUACCGUGGAGCAUGCAUAGCAUUGAGUACAAAUACACACACACACACGUACACACUCGGAUGCAGUGAAAGAACAGAACACAACAGAUGCUCUAGUGUGCAUGGCAGUCACAGAGUAUGCCACGCAUUGCCACCACAAUAGACUACAUCAAUUAUACAUGGAGUAUUUUCAUCCGUAAGUAUGGAUGUUUUCAACAAUAGAUUUCAUCCUCUAUAGACUAUACGAAGCAACCUACCUUGUUAAUCUCGGUUGACUUACCGGCUAGCAUCAGUUACACGAUCCGGUCUACUAGUAUUAGGUAAAACUAGUCCUAGAAUGGACUUUUGAAAAUUUAUGAAGUAUAUCCUAUUAGCCACUGUGUACUCCAGUGAACAUAGACAAAGAGGAGAAACACCAGUGGUAGGGUAUAGGCUACUACUGACUCAUACUACAUGUGUGAAUCUAAUUUCUGCAAGCGCUUGUCGCUGUGCGAACCUGUGAACCCAGUCAUAAUUCAGCACAGAUGCGACAGAGUUCUAUUUUGAGUACUUGAUUUUUUCAUCGUUUUCCUAAAACUGUACAAAUAUAGAUUUUUUCAGUGUGUAUACAUACAGCUGAUUGCAUUAAUUUCUUGAGAUAUCAUUCGAUCGGCAUGCGGGUUUUGUUCAUGCCUAUCACCAUCA